AUGAGUCUCACAAACUCAAGCCCCGACUCAAAUGUCUACUACCAGGUCCAGUCCGUCAUCAACGACUACUUCCUCGCCCAGGCUGGCCGUAGCAUCGUACUCACGACUACCGAUACUGCCUUCGCUUUCACCGCUGCUGACGACGGUUAUUGGAUCAUCCGCCCACAGGCCUUGCCAGACCUAUGUAUGACCGUCGACUCGGCCGGGACUCCCGUGCUUGCGGAUUGCUCGGAUGACACAAAUCUGCUGUGGACUAUCGACGUAAUUGAUGGCUCCGGAUAUGUGUUUGGGAAUCAGGAGUCGCUGUUGUUCCUAAGUAGUACGGUGGAUGCGACGGAUAUGGAUUUGACGGCGGUAGGCACAACGAACGCCGGGUAUGAUGUGGAUACGCAAUGGGGACUGCGGUCGGUUGCGGACAUCGAUGAUGAGAGAUACUCGACGUUCCCGCCGGGUGAGACAAGUCCGACAACGGUGGUCCCUGCGGAGCCCACGACAAUCAUGGUUCCUGAAGAGCCCACGACAACGGAUGCACCAGUCGUCGGACCGUCACCGACUGGACAAGCUGCUUCGUCCUUUUCAGCGUCGACGUCUGGGCCUCUUCCGGCUCUUGCUUCGGCGGUCAUUCUGCCGUAUAGUCCCUAUCAUAUUGAAAACAUGGACCUCACGUGCCGAAACUGCUCCGUCCAAGGCAACUAUGACAUCGACAUCUCCACCGACAACCUCCUCGAUUUCUUCACCGACGGUACCGUCUCCCUGGUCGUCAGCGAAGUGACCUCAAACGUAUCCCUGGAGAUCGACCUGCUGCCGGGCUUCAACGCCGUAGAUGCAUUCUUCACGCUCUUCAACCUCACAGCCAGCAGGAACAUUUCCGACGACACAACACUGGUGCUCGACUAUCGUUUCGGCGUGCCACUGAACAUCACCCUUGACUCCGAAGUCAACAUCGCGGCCGGCUUUUUGCUAAAUAUACCAGGCGAGCUAGUGCUUGAAAUCGACGUCGGGAACAACGAAAACAAUCGCCUAACGGGCAUAGAAGGCAUCGAACUCGAGGCCCUGCCCUUCGGCGUCAGCGCACCAAAUCUCGCAUUCACUGUAGCGACAGGCCUGGCACUCCGAGUCUCUGCGACGAUCGAGGUUGAUGUCACCGAUGACAUUGAAGUGUCCGGCGAAAUCGGCCUCGAGAUCGGGUUUCCCAGUCUCAACAUUCACUUUGCGGCUCUGUCCAACGUGAAUGGCGACUGUGCGGCGCCAGGCUCGGGGCAAACAGCGUAUGAUCCUGCGGUCGGUAUCACGUUUGAAGCAGCGGUGGAUAUAGAGACUAGCGGCAUGAUAUCUGCGGAUGUAGGUGCGGAGGUAUCGUGGAAUGCACCGACAUUCAGUCCGGCCAGCCUUCCUUUGCAGUCGUCGCUGCUAGAUCCACAAUGUCUCACAGGGGAUUCAUUGCGAGCUGCAGUAGGCAGUCUGGGUGGGGAUGCUGAUGAGAUCGGUGGUGCGGGUAGUAGAAACCUCCCUAGCCUUGGGGCGCUCGUGUUCGCGGCUGGAGGCGCUGCUGUGAUGGGAGCACUCGUUCUUUAG